AUGAGUCAUCCGGAAUUGCCAUCUAAGCGGAACUCUAGUGUGAAAACAAUAAAAUAUGGCACUAAGAGGGAACUAGAUCAAAAGGAGCUUGGGGCCGUGCGUCAGACCCUCCAGGACUGCAGUAAUCGUGAAAAAUGUCGCCGAUAUGCGUUUGAUGACUACACAUCAGGAAAACUAGGGCUCUCUCUCCUUCUCACUCAAAUCCUCUUUCCACUCACUCUGCUGCUGCUUUGA